AUGACUGCGGAGAAGGCGCUGCCCCUGGGCAAUGGGAAAGCUGCCGAGGAGGCGCGGGAAUCCGAGGCGCUCGGCGGGGGCGCGGCGAUCGCGCGCGACCCGAAGCGCGACAAGGCGGUCCGCGAGCGCGACCAGUGGAAUAACAAGGUGGAGUUCGUGCUGAGCGUGGCCGGGGAGAUCAUCGGGCUGGGCAACGUGUGGCGCUUUCCCUACCUGUGCUACAAGAAUGGAGGAGGAGCAUUUCUGAUCCCAUACGUGGUGUUUUUUAUUUGCUGUGGGAUUCCUGUUUUUUUCCUGGAAACAGCUUUGGGGCAGUUCACAAGCGAAGGUGGCAUUACAUGUUGGAGGAAAAUCUGCCCUCUGUUCGAAGGCAUCGGCUAUGCGACGCAGGUGAUCGAGGCACAUCUAAAUGUGUACUACAUCAUCAUCCUGGCCUGGGCCAUUUUCUACCUGAGCAACUGUUUCACCACCGAGCUCCCCUGGGCCACCUGUGGGCACGAAUGGAACACAGAAAACUGUGUGGAGUUUCAGAAGUUGAAUAUGAGCAACUACAGUCACGUGCCCCUGCAGAACGCCACCACCCCGGUCAUGGAGUUCUGGGAGCGCCGGGUGCUGGCCAUCUCAGAUGGGAUCGAAAACAUUGGGAAUCUCCGCUGGGAGCUGGCCCUGUGUCUCCUGGCAGCAUGGACCAUCUGCUACUUCUGUAUCUGGAAGGGAACCAAGUCAACGGGGAAGGUCGUCUACGUCACCGCCACCUUCCCCUAUGUCAUGCUGCUGAUCCUCCUGAUCCGAGGGGUCACAUUGCCAGGGGCCUCUGGGGGCAUCAACUUCUACCUGUACCCUGACCUUUCCCGGCUCUCUGACCCACAGGUGUGGGUGGACGCCGGGACACAGAUCUUUUUCUCCUACGCCAUCUGCCUGGGCUGCCUGACAGCCCUGGGAAGUUACAACAAUUACAACAACAACUGCUACAGAGACUGCCUCAUGCUCUGCUGUCUGAACAGCGGUACCAGCUUCGUGGCCGGGUUCGCCAUCUUCUCAGUCCUGGGCUUCAUGGCCUAUGAGCAGGGAGUGCCCAUUGCUGAAGUGGCAGAGUCAGGCCCAGGCCUGGCCUUCAUUGCCUACCCCAAGGCAGUCACCAUGAUGCCCUUGUCCCCGCUGUGGGCUGCCUUGUUCUUCAUGAUGCUCAUCUUCCUGGGCCUAGACAGCCAGUUCGUGUGCGUGGAAAGCCUGGUGACCGCAGUAAUUGACAUGUACCCCAAGGUCUUCAGGAGGGGCUACCGGCGCGAGCUGCUCAUCCUGGGCUUGUCAGUGGUCUCCUACUUCCUGGGCCUUGUGAUGCUGACAGAGGGAGGCAUGUACAUCUUCCAGCUCUUUGACUCCUAUGCUGCCAGCGGCAUGUGCCUUCUCUUCGUGGCCAUCUUCGAGUGCAUUUGCAUUGGCUGGGUGUACGGGAGCGACCGGUUCUACGAAAACAUUGAGGACAUGAUUGGCUACCAGCCAUUGUUACUCUUUAAAUGGUGCUGGAAAAUUGUGACCCCUGGCAUCUGUGCGGGCAUCUUCAUAUUCUUCCUGGUCAAAUAUAAGCCGCUCAAGUACAACAACGUGUAUGUGUACCCAAGCUGGGGCUACGCCAUCGGCUGGCUCAUGGCCCUCUCCUCCAUGUUGUGUAUCCCACUCUGGGUCUUCAUCAAGCUGUGGAAGACAGAGGGCACUUUGCCCGAGAGACUCCAGAAGUUGACAGAGCCCAGCGCUGACCUGAAGAUGCGGGGCAAGCUUGGGGCGGGCCCGCGGACGGUGACCAUGAAUGACUGUGAGGCCAAGGUCAGAAGUGACGGCACCAUCUCCGCCAUCACAGAGAAGGAGACACACUUCUGAGCUCGCACUAGUCACGUGGGUUUUCCUCCGCCUUCCUUCCCCAUGUGUAAAUGAAUUCCCCCCCCCACCCACAAAAAAAAAAAACCGUGUACUUUGCCUAAUGGUAGGGCUUGCUCCUCUGCACAGGAUGUAUUAACAAGUUAAUCCCAGUGACCACCGUGUGCCCUGUCCCCUCGCCCUGCCCCUGUGAUCAUGGAUGUAUCCGCCUCACUGAGAUAAUUCUGUACAGUGACUAGCACCUGGCCCAGGGCGGCUUAACCUAUGUUUUCUAAGGGUUCCUGUAAUAUACUGUAAAACUUUUAUACUUGGUCUGUGGGCAAGUGGGCUGGGGGAAGCGCGUUUGUCCUCAUCAGUCUGUCUGCCAGUCUGUCCUGGCUUCACCCCUGGCUGCCUUCCUCCAUGCUCCAAGGGCCUUUCUUUUUUUUCUUUUCUUUUUCUUUUCCUUGUGGGUCUUACCUUUUCCAGUGACAGAGCCUUUGCCCGCAAAUGCAUGGCAGCCAAGAGAAAGUCCCACUGAACUGUGAACUCCCAGGUUGGAGACGCCCGGGAGCCGGUGACCCAUCCCCUCACUGGCCAGGGCCACUCCUUCCCUGCCGAGGCCUCAGUUUCCUUGUCUCCCAACUUGAGGGAGGGGAUGGACUCCCACCCGCGCCCUCCUCCUGGUUCUCAACCUGCCUUGCUGCCUUGCAGGGUUGCCUUGGACCUAGGCUCCUUCCAGAGACCUGGCCGCCGUCGCCUCUGUCUCCACCUGCUUAUUUAAAAUCAGAUCUAUUGUGGACCGACAUGGCGGUGGAACACAAUUUCCCCACAACUCUACUUUUAUCUCCGCUCCAGUCCCUGGAGACCGGCCCGUCCUCAGCUUCCAUGGCAGACACUCUGCCAUCUGUCCACCCAUCCAGCUCUGUCUCUCUCCUUCCUGGGCAGGGUGAGUCCUCACAGCUGCCCUGGCCAGGAUCAGUGGCUUAGGACCUAUGGCUGUCCCCCAUGGGGGAGCUACAGUGAGGCCUGGGGCUGGUUGGCACCUAAGGCCCCUUCUGUGUCCGUUGCUCAGUACUGUUCCCUGCCCUCCUCCCUUGUGUGGGAGGGACUUUCAUUCCAGAGCAUUCUACCUGUCUUGUCACUGGGGCAUAAGGAGUCAGCUCCUGCCAGAGGAGAUAAUGAGGCACCCACCCUGAGGACUCCUACCUGGUGCAGAGGUGCAGAGCACAUGGGGGAUCCCUGGGUGGGGGAGGCUGGCGCUGCACCCUCCCACCUGGCCUCAGGCCCCCUCCCGUGGGGGGUUUUCCAGCUGUCUUGGCUCCUGAGCCCCUGGAGGGUGUGGGAGGGGCAAGUUUUUCCUCCUUCUUUCGGCUCCAAGUUUCACUGGGUGGAAAGGCUCUCUCUCUCUCUCUCUCUCUCUCUCCCCCACUAAGGCCCCAGUGUCCCAUCAGGACCUGUGGGCUCCAUUGAUCCCAAAGCUUCCCACCUCCCAGCUGCCUUUCUGAGUUGGCUCAGCUGCAUACCCACACCUCCUAGCAGGUUGGCCAUUUCUCCAGGAGUCCCUGUUACGCCCACGUGUAGCCUAGGCCUCUAGGCCUACCCAGCUGCUCACAGACAGGUUAUGUGCUUCUCUUGGGAAGGCCAGUGUCACCCUGAAAACUCCCCCAUGGGGUUAGUCCUGACUCCUCACUCCCCACCCGCCCCGAUGAGGGAGGCCGCCCACUGCUGCUACUGGUUCUCAGCACCACCGCUUUCAUGAUGGACGGGUCCCCAGGGUCUGUCAUCAUGAAUGCGCAUGUUGUACAUGUGACCCUUAACACCUGACACUCGUUAACACGACUUGUGGGGCAGGGCAGAGGGAGGCUUGUGUUUUUUGGUUUUUUUUUUGUGAUUUCCUACUAGUAUUUGGGUAACUGUAGUGGGGGGAGGGCAGUGAGGGGGCCAGGGACAUGUCACCGUGAUGACUUUUUUUGAUAUUCAUUAGAAAUGAUACAUCCUUUCUGAGAUAUUUACAGCAUUAUUAAAAAAUGGAAAAAGGUCGUGCUGUUUUUUUCAUAAUGAACAUUUUUAUUGAGGACCCAAAGGGCUCAAGAUUGUCUGCUAACUCGUUUUUAAAAAUUAAAGAUGUGAACAAACUCUCA